GGUGUUUUGUCUUUCGCAAGGCGGCAGGGUGGACACGGUGGACACUACAGACGCUACCGACCCAUACCGACGUAACACACAGCUUUGUCCCGUGUGGGCAAUGCGGUUUCAAAAUUGACUGCAUGCCCGGGUUUUAACGAUGGAGGUCGUCGGGGAAACAGAGAACAGUGGCAACACGACAACCAUCUUCUGUAACAAUUACUUACAUUACCAUGCAGGGAACCAGUACGUAGUGACUGCUGAGAGAAAGCGGUCAUUACAAAAGAUUGAUGACUUCGAUCUGAUUGAACGCGCGGUAAGCAGCGCAGACGAGACGAUCAUAGCUACAGCACAACCCAACAGGCAGGCAGGCAGUCCUGAUUUGGAACGGAAACUGCCAAAUGGUGCCGCUGCAAUUUUGCAAAGUCCCUCAUCUUCUGGAGAAAAAGUGACAGAUUCUGGUGGAAGCAAAUUACGUAAUGGAGAAAGAGCUGUGCUGGAGCUUGACUGCAAGCAAUGGUUGGCUGUCUGUGGCCUUCUGAUCGUUGCUGCUGCUUUGGGAGUGGGAGUGGGGGUACCACUUGCGCUGGAACUUCGUUCUUCACGCCUUCUUGAGGCUCGAUUACAAGUGGUCAGACGCAUCUUAAAGGAGGUACCUCUUGUGGAUGGACAUAAUGAUUUACCAUGGAACAUACGCAAAUUCUUGCGCAACCAACUGCAUGACUUCCACUUCUCAGAGGAUCUACGUCAGCAAGAACCAUGGUCACAAAGUGUCUGGUCUCAUACAGAUUUGCAUCGGCUAAAGCAAGGCAUGGUUGGUGCACAGUUCUGGUCAGCCUAUGUCCCGUGUGGAUCACAGUACCUCGACUCAGUACAGCUCACUUUGGAACAGAUUGAUGUCAUACGUCGUCUUGUGGAUAAAUAUCCUAAUCAGAUGCAACUUGUAACAACUGCCAAAGGUAUUGAGGAAGCGCACCAUUCUGGCAGAGUAGCAAGCCUGAUUGGUGUGGAAGGAGGUCACUCACUGGGGUCAAGCCUGGCUGUGCUUCGGAUGUUCUACCAACUUGGUGCACGGUACAUGACUCUGACACACACUUGCAACACUCCUUGGGCAGACUCCUCACUGGCUGAUGAUCCCAGUGAUACACUGCCAAUGGACUUUAUUGAACAUGGAGGGCUGUCUGGCUUUGGAAAGCUGGUGAUACGUGAGAUGAAUCGUCUUGGUAUGAUGGUUGAUCUGUCACAUGUGUCUGUUCAGACAAUGGUGGAUGCAUUAGAUGUAACUAAAGCUCCAGUCAUAUUUUCACAUUCAUCAGCACUGGCUUUGUGCAAUUCAUCGCGGAAUGUACCUGACCACAUUUUAAGAAAACUGGCACUCAAUGGUGGUAUAGUUAUGGUCAGCUUCUUCAACAACUUCCUCAGCUGCGCAGACACUGCGACACUCCACGAUGUUAUUGCACACAUCAACCACAUUCGAGCUGUCGCUGGCGUAAACCAUGUAGGACUGGGAGCUGGAUAUGAUGGCAUUAACCUUACACCAACAGGACUGGAAGACGUCUCUCGUUACCCCAUGCUCUUGGCUGAGCUUGCAAGAGACAGACAGUGGAGUUCUUCAGAUAUCAAGAAACUGGCAGGAGCUAACCUUGUGCGAGUCUUCAGGGAAGUGGAAAAGGUUCGAGAUGAUUGGUCAGAAGUGGGUCCCACAGAAGACUGGAUCUCCAUGGAAGAUCUAGAUGGCAAGACCUACUGCAGGUACCCUGGAACAUGACCAGGAUUCACACAACUCCACAACAAGAUCAAACACGUGACAGGAAGACGCAGCAUAAUCAAGUGAUUCAUAAGCAAACAAUACCCAUGACUGGAAUCACAUUUUUUGCAUCUGCUUGUACUAUAAUGAGCAUACAGAUGUAUAUAUCAUGUGAAAAUGGACUGCACAUUCUGAUGUUAGCAUCUUCCACAGACUUAUUUAUGCCAAUGUCCUCAGUUUGAUUCUUUCAUUGAAACAAUAUCAUGUGGUGAUUCGUAUGAUAGAACUGCACAUGUUUACUGAGAGGCAACUGCAGAAAAAGUUAACAGACGUUGGAAUGAAGACAGUGGAACUGUGAGGUGUCACUGAUACUACCCAUAACACAGCGAAAGUAACGUGAACUGAGCAAGAAAUGUCAUCACAACAUGUUUCAGGGCUUGAUCAGAACAUUAUUUCAAAAUACAUCAAAACUCACCAUACUAACAAAUUAUUAACAAAGUAACGUAAUUCACCAUUAUCAUUUACUGUUUCCAGUUUUCAAAUAAAUAAGCAUAAACAGAGGAAAAUAAUAGUGUUUCAGUGAUUUAAACCCGACUUCUGGAGAGACUGUACUCCACUGGAUCUGUUAGACACAUCUUUAUUUCCUGCAUCCUGCUGUGUAUCUUGUAUUAAAGCUACUUUAAAGAGCUGUAAAUAAAACAGCUGAUUGGUUAUAAAACUGAUAUUAAGGUGUUAAUAUUCGGUUUCAUUUUCUGUAUCCCACUUUAAUAUCGGUUUUAUAAUCAAUGGUGUUGACAGUUCCUAAAAAUACAUGUUAGAGCAAGUCUUGAUUACUUCCUUAAUUGUCCAGUGUUCAAGAAAAAGCCCUUUGAACAGAACCAACCAUGCAGGAACCUUUCCUCACACCUGACACUGAAAUCAGGUUCAGUUUUUCAAAUGGGCGUGUUUAAAAAACCUGAAAACGAUGGGCAAUGCACAGAAACAGCCGUGUUUACUGUAUGAUACCAAAAUUGGAAAUGUUUAAUCUUCAGUUAUGAUCUGGAGUAUCUUACUCUUGUUUUUCCCACUUCCUUCCUCCUUUAUGCUUUUCCUUUCCCCACUGGCUUCAAGGGGUUCAUUCAUAAGCCCAUUCCAACAGUCUCUCAGUUAUAUUCAGUGGCAGACUCCUUCCUAUCCUGAAUAUGGCAGCACCACAUUCCUUUGAGAUGCUAGUAACCAUCGAUCAAACUACAUGACACACACCAGAUCUGGUUCUGCUCCGUAUCCUCUCCUCACAUUUCAAUAGCAAAGAUUCUACACUCUGGUGCAUUAGGAAAUUCACACAUGGCAAUUUGUAGACAAUAUUAAUGCUGGAUGACAUGAGGAUAUGUUUCUAAGUCACCAACCAUCAAAUUUCUUGUAGAAACCAAAAAUAAUGGUAGAGUGCCUCACAGUAUUAAAUUACUGUCAUCGUCACAAACCCAGAAACAAACCAAUGCUACAAACACAAGUUGGUAUUACUGUGCAUAAGGGAGAGGAAGUGUUCAUUUGCCUGUCUAAAUAUUUCACCUCCAACACUAAUGAUCAGAUUUCAAUUGGAUUUGGGGGAAGUUUACAAGUGACUUUAAUUUUGGUGCAGUAUACACUCUACUUUACGAAGCUCAAAUCAAACUUCCACUACUAUUUUUUGCAAGGGGGAGAAGGAAAAAGGAACACACCAUAAAAAAAAACUCAUUAGGAUUUACAGCUUUUGCGGGGUAUGUGGAACCCACCAUAAAAAAAAAACUCGUUAGGAUUUACAGCUUUUGCGGGGUCUGUGGUUCUCACAAUGGUGAGUAUGAAGACCAGAGUCUUGUGGAAUGUGACAGCACGUAGUUCAGUAGAUAGGCAUCAACAUUUCAACAGAAUCUGCUGCCUCCAUUUUCAGGUGCCAGAUUCCUCUAAAACAUUAACACCCAUCUACCAAACUACAUGGCAUUGCAUCCCACAUGGCACAUGGAACCAUG